CCCACCAGCCGAGCGCGUGCCACUCGCUGGCUUGCUCUCCGAUUGGGUCAAGGGUUACGAGGCGCUACGUCACACGCUGCUAAGAUGGCGUUUUGAUGACGACGCGAGAAACGAGGACCCCUGCCCUUGUUCUAAAGUUACCUCAAUGAAAAACAUCAAGGGCAGGAGAUGGAGCUCUCAAAUUAUGCCAGCCAACUGCUGCUGCAGCUCAACCAGCAACGCUCCAAGGGCUUUUUAUGCGACGUUGUCGUUAUGGUGGAUAACACACUCUUUCGAGCUCAUAAAAGCGUCCUCGCCGCUGCCAGCAGCUACUUUAAGUCCCUCGUCCUCCACGAUAACCUCAUCCACCUUGACGCCGAGUUGGUUGAGGCAGAUGUGUUCCAGAAAAUUCUGGACUUCAUCUACACUGGCAAGUUAUGUGAGGAGAGCCAGGGAACAGAGCGCGUGCAAAAUCUGAGCGCAUUUCUCACUGUUGCUAACUACCUCCAGCUCCACGACCUGGCGACUAUGUGUACUAGCAAACUCGAGUCUAGUAACGCGUCCUGCAAGGGCUCUUUACGCACCCCAAAUCUGCCUUUUUCAUCUGCCUCAAAAACCUUCGUCAAGCGGGAGGCAGAAGACACUUUCUCUGAUGGUGAAGUAUAUGCAAACACGGUCCCUCCAAAGAAAAGACACAAUGGCGAGAAUAAACGCAGCUCGAGCAGCAAGCAAAGCUUUGGGCUGGAUUUAACAAAGAAGAGCUCCUCUCACUGUGCUGUAAAUAACGACAUCAGCAGCAUGCAUGAAUACUCGCAGUCCACGGUUUCCAAGACAACUGCCAAUACUCUUCGGUCAGGUAUGGAGAAAAAGGGUUCCCCGGGGAAGAACGCAGGCCUGGAGGUUUUUGAUGGAAAGCAGGAAUGGAGAAGAACACCUUCUAGAGAGCGCUCCAGGAGGAAAGGAAACAUCAACGGUUAUAUACCUGCAAUCAAAGGUGGAAGUCAAGUGAGCCAAAACCACACAAGAGAAAGUUCCCAAGAGCAGGCAGAAGACGGAGGCUCCAACGGUGCAAGCCCUAACUUUGUCUACAGACAGGAGUCCUACCUCGAACCAUCACAGGAGGACAACAGUUAUGUCUGUAUCCCGUGUGGAAAAGGAUUCCCGUCUUCAGAAAGCCUAAAUUCUCAUGUUGAAUCUCACGCAGAUGUAGACGUGAAUCUUGUCAAAGAGGAAGGGGACGAAGAUCCUUCCACUACUGGCGCCCAAGAAACCUUAGAGGUCAUAGAGAAAAGCCCACUGAAGCCGUACAAAGAGCUGGACACACUGAGACCGUUCCCUUGCAACAUCUGUGGCAAAAUGUUCACGCAGCGUGGCACCAUGACGCGCCACAUGCGCAGUCAUCUGGGCCUAAAGCCGUUUGCCUGCGAGGAGUGCGGCAUGCGCUUUACACGGCAGUACCGCCUCACCGAGCACAUGCGUGUCCACUCGGGAGAGAAGCCCUAUGAGUGUCAGGUCUGCGGGGGCAAGUUUACACAGCAAAGAAACCUCAUCAGCCACAUGCGCAUGCAUACCUCACCAAAUUAGACUUGGAGAGUUGCAAUAGUUACACAAUAUCCAUAAAAUAUCAGUAAAGCUUUUCAAACGAGCCUGAUCUAAUAAUAAAACCAUAAUACCUCAUGUCACUACAGUAAGCUAUCUCCACUAACCAAUAUCUAUGGAAUGUUUCUUGUGGUACCUACUAUUUUGAAAGAAUGAAUGUUAUAGCUGAUUCUAACAGUUCCAAGUCAAAACGUAUUGAUUUGUGUGCUUUAUCUGGAUACAACAAAACCCUCAUGUUUACUUGAAUACGUGUGCAAACAUUGCUACCUCAACUUUUACCUUCCAAAUUCUCGGAUGCCCUUUGAGAUUAUGGUUAUCCACACCAUGCUGAAUUAAUUCUUUCGGAAAAUAAACAAUAUAAGGUUUGCACCAGUAUCUGGAAAACAAUCUGGCAUCUGAUAUAAAUCCAAAAAUAACGUGUGGAAGAAAACGCACUGCCGGUUUUGCAUAGAGAGAAAGGAUAUAAAGCAAGUAUAGGGGUUUUGUUGAGGAUUAGCAGGACGGACGUUACCUGAUGGUUUUCAUGGUGCGUUUAGGCGUGUGUAAUGUACAGUUCCAAAGAAAUAAUGAAUGUUGAAAGAUAAAAUAAAAUACUGUAUUACUGUAACCAAAUCUAUAUUCUUGCUAUAUACGUAUUUAAGUGUAAGUCUAAUUUAUGUGUAUGAUCACAGAUGUCCAUCUUUGUUAGUUGCCCACCCUUUCCUCCCCGUAGCCCUAAUUAAAUUUAAGCUCCUCAUAAGUCCUUUCCUUUAGAUUUUUUUUCCCCUGUGCUUUAAAUCUUUUUACGAUUAUAAAACUAUUGCUCAGUUGAGACCAAAAGGACUAUGGAGAAACAGUUGUAAAUAUCUUUUGGAGUGUCUUGAAGAAUUUGCUUGGUUGCUCAUUGAUUGCAGGGUUUUGAUAGUUCUAGAUAGCAUGAGCGAUUUAAUUGUGAAUCCUUCAAUCAGUUAGGACACUGGGGGUUUUGCUUAUGGGAUAAUAUCUUUAUAUUUUGGAUGUACUCUUAUAUUGUGUUGUUCCAUUCCAACAUUUUGUGCUUAUCUGUUACUUUUCAUCUACCUCAUGUUUUUAGGGUGUUUACCCACUCACUGUGUUUCAAAACACACGCAGCGUUGUCGUCUUUAGUCGCCAUGUUGAAGUGUUAUACCUAACCUCAUGUAAGAAAACCUCACACUGUAACAUACUUGCACACUUGUAUAUUAGAAUCAUUCAUUGUUGGGGGAACAAGGCCUGUACUAUUACAUAAGGCCUAUAUUUAAAAAAAAAAAAAAAAAAAAUGAUUUUGUUUUUCCUUUCUUCUCCUUUUCUGACCCCAGUAUGAGUUUACACAUACGUUGCUAUCCGUAAUGCUGUCUGUUAAAAUAUGCAGGAACGUUUCUGUUUUUACGACGGACCUGAAACUGAAACUGUGACAACACUUGGACUUUUUUCCUCAGGAAACCUCAGGGAUUAAUUUCAGGAGCGUCUGUAUUUUAUACCACAAAGCACCAGAUACUGAUAUUUUUGCAGCUGCUUUCCUAAGUUUGAACACUACUGCCACAUUUAAGUACGCUGAAGCAUUAUUUCCAGCCAACUCGAUACGCCUUCGUAAGGCAUGGCAGCUCUGUUCUGUGGAUUACUGUCCACUUGUGGUAUAUUUUAAUAAUAAAUGAUCGAUUAACGUGAAUUUCAUAUGCAUUUGAGAAAAAAACAAAACAUUGAAUACCAUUGUUCAUAGAGUACGAAAUUGUGAUCUGUUGAAUACCAAAGCACAUUUUCACAAAAUGGAUGGAUACAUAUGAAUGACAAUGUACUUUACAUGAUACUUAUAAUUAAAUGCUGAUUAAAAAAGAAUAAAAGUA